AUGGCUGCUCCCGAUGUUGAGUUACGUUGCUUCGUCGAGUCGAAGGUUAUCAAUGACCGAGAGACCGGAAGGUCCAAGGGCUUUGGCUUCAUGACCUUUAGCAAUGAGCAGGUGAUGAACGAUGCCAUCAAGGGGAUGAAUGGCCAGGAUCUGGACGGCAGGAGCAUCACUGUCAACCAGGCCCAGUCCCGAGGCAGCGGUGGCUUCCGCAGCGGCAGCGGUGGCUACGGCGGGCAACACCGCGAGGGCGGUGGCUACAGCCGCGAAGGCGGUGGUGGUGGCGGCUACAGCCACGGCAGCGGGCGCGACCGUGGUUACGGCGGCGGAUUUGACCACUUCUCCAGGGGCCAGGACAGUGGCUCGAACGGGUACUAG